AUGAAUGACAACAAAUCCAGAUUCUUCCCCUCUCUCUAUGACCAGUCCAACGCAUGCGGGGAUAUUUGGACCUCCAUUUUGCAGGACCAUAAUCAUUGCAAUUCACAGCAGAAGCAGCAGCAGCCCGUUAGAGACACGGAGCGGUGGCCUGACACGGGCAUCCUACUGGUGAACAACUACCAACUUCUGGAGGUGUUUAGUCCUCCGACCGGUAUCCAUGUGGCCAGGAGGAGCGAAUUGGACGAAGUCAACGAGCUGGCUAUCCUGAUGAUGGAGUUGGAGCUGGGAGAGCCUUUAGAUCACGGGAGAUCAUUGGAAUACCACAACCUCAAUACCUCCAUCGCUACCAGAGACUUCUGGGUAAUCACAGUCAUCCUGGAUGUGGAUAACUCAUCUCUGGAAAGCCAGUACCAGAGCUUUGCCAGUCUCAUGGAGCAGCGCCUGGCUGAGCUGUUUGUGGUUGCUCGCCAGCAGGGCACUCGCUUCCAGGAGAGCCACCACUGUGGACAGCUACACUGUCCAGGUGUCAUUGGCACCAUGGUGAGGAUCCGUCGACUGAUGGGUCAGAAGAACCCAGCAGAGAUGACCUACUACGUUCAGCUGAACGGUCUUCCCUUAACAGGCACGUCAGCCGCCAAGGUCCUGAACACGCUGGACUCUCAGACCAUGGCCCUCACUGGUUACUUCGUUCAGCUGCAGGCUGAACCCGUGGUGAAGAAUCCUCCAAACAAUCUGUGGAUCAUCGCAGCGGUGCUGGCCCCUAUCGCCGUGGUAACGCUCAUCAUCAUCAUCAUCACCGCCGUGCUCUGCCGGAAGAACAAGAGCGACUUCAAAGCCGACGCCAUGGGCAACCUUAACCCCCGUGUCAAGACGUCAUAUCGGAGGGAUGUUACAGGAUAUUACCACCAGCCUGUCCAGGGGUUUGACUAUGCCAAGCAGCACCUGGGCCGCGUGCAGGGUGGGGAGGGAGAGACCCUCCCCGUGACCCAGGACACCCUGGUGCUGUCCCUGCCCAUCCGGGAAGCCCCCCUCUCCCUCUCCCUGGAGAAGUCCCUGCACCAGGACGGCACCGCCAACAAGAAGACCCUCAACUCGGACAUACGCAAGAGCAGGUUGCCGAGCGAGGACGGUUCCGUCAUCAGCAACGAAUCAGAGAAGCUCAACUCUGGUCGGGGCUCGGCGGCUCAGAAAGUCACAGCACAGCAGAAAUUGACAAAGGAGGAGACACGCAAGAAGAACGAUCCCUACGACACCUCGUUUGGUUCCCUGCAGCUUAUUUCCAUAAAGCCCAUGACUGCUCCGCCCACCUAUUCACACCCCGCCUCCUCUGACCGCAGCCAAGACUCAGCCAUCCUCAAUGGAAAUGGAGAGGUGAACCUAGCUCUGAAGCAGAAGUCCGACAUAGAGCACUACAGGAACAAGCUGAGGCUGAAGGCUAAGAGGAAAGGAUACUAUGACUUCCCCUCAGCGGACGGCAGCGGGAGGGGUAGUAGGGCGCUGGCACAGAGGCAGAGACACGGACAUGAGAGGGCACCUGGAGAGCAUGGCCCACCACUGGAGCCUGAUGAAGACCGAGCAUCCACCUACGUCAAGUCCAGCAGGAGACACUCUCAGGUGAGGCAGCGGACCUAUCGGAGCAGGCAGAGCCUGAACAGCCCGAGUACCGGAGGAACAGAGAUGGACCUGCUGGUUAUGAGGGAGAGACCCAGGAGAGGCAUCAGGAACAGCGGCUAUGACACUGAACCGGAGCUGAUUGAGGAGACCAACGUGGAUCGUCUGAUUGGCCCGCGGGGGGGUUAUGUCUGCCCCAGAGGGGUCAAAGGUCACUCAGAGACCUCCACGUUGAGCUCCCAGCCGUCCAUCGACGAGGUACGCCAACAGAUGCACCUGCUCUUGGAGGAGGCCUUCAGCCUGGCCUCAGGGGGACACUCCUCCACAGCCGGACGCCACCACCACUCCCAUCAUCCCCACCCCCACCACGGUUACCACCACGGCCACUACAGCCCCGGACCUCCACCCCUGCCCUACUCUGAUGUGGUGACCAGUGCCCCGGGAACCAUGAGCCGUGGCCGGGGAGGAGGGCUGCAGUGGGUGCCGGCGUACGGAGCAGACAUGUAUCAGUGCAGCCUCCCCAAACCUGCCUUUAGGUUCAACCAGCUUCCUGACAUGGUUAUGACCUCUCCUCCACCCCCUAUUCCCCCUCGCACCGGCCCCCCUCCAGGGACCUCUCUAAGACGCUCGUCGCCUGACCUGGGGUCCACGGCCAGGAUCUCAGAGUCUGGGACCUACAUGACGGACAUGCAGACCCAGCAUAAUGACAGCAGCGCCCCCUAUGUCUCUCUCUCUAGAGCAGCACUCCCCUCAGUCCCCCUCUCCAGAGCAGCACUCCCCUCAGUCCCCCUCUCCAGAGCAGCACUCCCCUCAGUCCCCGUCUCCAGAGCAGCACUCCCCUCAGUCCCCCUCUCCAGAGCAGCACUCCCCUCAGUUCCCCUCUCCAGAGCAGCACUCCCCUCAGUCCCCCUCUCCAGAGCAGCACUCCCCUCAGUCCCCCUCUCCAGAGCAGCACUCCCCUCAGUCCCCCUCUCCAGAGCAGCACUCCCCUCAGUCCCCCUCUCCAGAGCAGCACUCCCCUCAGUCACAGCAGAACAGCCGGUGUUCACCUACUCAGGAAACCCCAUCACAGCGGUGUACGCCAUCCCAGCCUCGCGGUCGGGUUACUCUGAGUACUUUGCCUCCACGCCCCCGUCCUCCUACCACAGCCCAUCCUGGAUGUCCUACCCCCCCGAGCCUGAGGACGUGCCCCCCCAGUGGGCUGACUCUGUGGCUCUCCCGGGGUACGUGGAGGCCUUCCCUCAUCCCCGCUACCCUCAAGGCAGCUCCCCCAGACUCCCCCUACACUACGGCCAGGCCAUGGAGCCACCCCCCACCCCGACCACCGCCGCGUCCCAGCAGAGCCUGCCCGAUGUGGGGGAGCCCAGAGACAGAGUCCCCCUGAGCAGUCUCUCCACAUCCGCCCUGGUCCAGGCCAUCCGCCAGGAGGUGGCAAAGCUGGCCAAGAAGCAGACAGACAUGUUUGAGUUCCAGGUGUAAUCCCUCUAGUGGCUGGGAGGUGGAAUUGCAGCACUCUCUUUUCUGAACAUACUAUAACACUAGAGACAAAACAAACUCUCAAACUCAACUUUUUUGACAUUUGUAUAUUAAGACUGAUAAAAGCCUCUUUCUUUCUAUUUCUCUCUCUCCCACCUCUCUCAAAGUGGGAAAAUCCCACGUUUCUCUGAUGUGUUUCAUCACCAUGCUGUUAUUUUGGAGUUACUGAAGAGUGAAAGUGUUCUAUCUCAAACUGUCAGUCAUCUCUUCUUAACGAUGUCUCUAUAGUUACAUUACCUGUUCCUUUACAUUGUACAUAUGUCAUCCCCACAUCUAAAGACCUGUAAUAAUGAAAGAUGAGUGUUUCACUAACCAGGACAGUAACCUUAGCAACCCACAGACGAGUAUGUCAUGACAUCAAUAGAACAAUUGAUGAGGCAGAGAGAGUCGUCACAUGUUCAUGCACAAAGGUCCAACCACUUCAGAACAUCAGAAUGAAGUGAUAACGAGCCAAGGGUUUUAGGAGGAUAUAUUGGCACGGUUGUUGUUAGG